GUAAUGGACCCCGGACAGGAAAGGAAAAGAUAAAUAAACAAUACGGUGGUUUGCACAUUUUAGUUCAUAAUUUUAUAUGCUAUAAACACCGUAGCGUACUCUAAAAACAACGACUACACUAUGGCAGAGGACAAUGAUCUUGAAAAGCGCGCAAUAGAGGAGCUCCUGAGGGAGACGGACCGAGCCAGAGUGAGGGCAGAGACCAUGGGCCCCGCGGGAUGGUUGAAGUGUCCUCUCAAGAGCACAAACAAGCGGUUUCUUCUGAAUACACUGCGCUCCACUGGCCUAGAGCGGCGCUCAAACGAAUCCAAGUCGGAGUCUACCUACAGAGGGCGCCUCAGGAGUGAGUCCCCUGACCGAAGACGUGACCGCAGUAGAUCACCUCCUCACAGGGACGGUGAGAGACACAGGCGUCAUAGAGAUAAAUUCAGUCUUGAUGCCAGUUCGAUUAAACAUUUAAGACGUGAGAAAGACCAGGAAAGACUUGAUACAAACACCAGAGAGAGGAAACAUGCAAGAGAAAAUGGCGGUCAUAAAAAACACAGACACAAAUGAACAUCGGCCACAUUCACAAAGCUCUUUACAUCAGGAAAAGGACUACCUGACAAGUUUUUACCAUGGGUUCUUAUCUAGUCAUGGCCUUCCUCAUUUUUGUUUUAAAAUGUCGUUCCUCACCACAAAUAAGAUGGGUAGCCUGUUGUAAAUAGUUUGUUAUAAAUGAUUUUCAAGUGUUUAUUAUUUAAACAAUAAUAUAAAUAUAUUUCUGUUUGUGGUGGCCCUAUUUGUAUUGAUAUUGCAUCUUAGUUAUACCCUUCUUAAUUUGGAGAUGGGUCUACCAGGGCUGCAAACCCCGGUAGGGUAUAAUAAAAUUUUAUUUGUAACUUC